UGUACACUCAGGAUAAUGCACAUGGAGAGAGGCAUAAAGUAUGCAGAGUCACCUACUGGCCAGAGACGUUUUAGACCAGUUGCACCCUUUUCAGAUACGUGGAGUGGAAUCAAGUCUGCACAGGAAGAAGGAGCCCCCUGUCCACAACCGUUCACAAGAGGUAGAAUACCUUACGAGGAGGACUGCUUGCAUCUGUCAGUAUGGACUGAUUCUUUGCCGACACAAUCUGGACGAGAACCUUUAAAACCGGUUUUAUUCUACCUGACAGGGUCACUCUUCACCACAGAUUAUAAUCAGCUGAUUUCUCCAGAGGAUUUGGUUAGUGAGCAGAGCUUGGUUGUUGUUACAGUGUCUUACAGAUUAAAUGUUUUUGGAUUUUUGAGCCUGGAGAAUCCAGUCUUUCCAGGAAAUAUGGGACUACUGGAUCAAUACUUUGCACUAUACUGGGCUUACAAAAAUAUUCAAUAUUUCGGAGGCGACCCAAGUCAGAUUAGUUUAGCUGGAAGUGGAGCAGGAGCUGCAAGUGCUUUAAUCCACGCUUUAUCUCCAAGAGCAGCUCCACUGAUAAAGAGAGUUCUAGCUGUGUCAGGGGCCCCUACAGCUCCUUGGGCAAUGUCUAGAAACCCUCAAGAAAAUGGACUCAGGUUCAUCCAAAGGCUUGAUUGUGUUCAGUAUUCAAGUGCAGAAGUUCUGAACUGUUUGCAGAGGAAAUCAGUUCAAGAGAUUAUCACCAGUUUAGAGCAACAUUUGUCGAGUGGGAACACCAGUAACAUCUUUAGUCCUAUUGAUGACUCCUUCCUGGGAGUACAGGAUCAAUACCUGGGAGGAGGGGCACUAGAUCUUAUCAACAGAGCUAACUUCAGGAUACCUGUUGUACUGGGAAUAAACUCCCAGGAAGGGAAGGAUGUUUUGGAAUUUUUAAGGUAUAAUAUAGAGAGAUCAAGUACCAGAGAUUUGAUCUACUUGAUCGAGAACACACUCAUCCCAUCCAUCCUCUCACCAUACCCGGGUCUAGUCAACAAUCAGAUGAUUCAAGAAAUGAUUUUCCAGAUGUUCUUCAAAACAAGAAAUACAUUCAGCGAUCAGGAUAAAGGAAUAUUGCUGGCAGAGCUAGCAGCGUUGUACACUGAAGUUUUUUAUACUGCUCCUGUACUGCAAACUGCUCAGCUUAUGUACCAAAGAAACUUCCCAAUUUACAUGUUUGUCAACAAGUUUCCGGUUCAAAAUAUUCAAAAUAAUUUGCUUAAUAGUUCCGCUGAUUCUACAUCAUUUCUAGCUCUUUUAUUUGGAACUACACAGUUUGAGAGGCUCACAGGUGCAAUAAUGCUGAGAACUGAAAGAGAAGUUGCACAAAGGCUUCAGGCGGCUAUUUUACCAUUGCUAAAGUUUGGACAACCUUCUCCAAAUUUACGCUGGAUCAACUAUGAGCCAAAUGCUGGAGCAUAUCUUGAUCUUGAGACACUGAAUGUUGGUCAAAAUUACAAGGCUCGGGAAGCAAGUUUCUGGAAUGAUCUUAUUCCGAGUAUGAGUAUUACUGCUUUAGCCUCUAGUUCCCAACCAACUUGUGAUGUUAAAUCCAAUGGACAGGUUGACGUGUACUCUACUUUAACCUGGCUGCUUCUAACUGUUGUUCUUCUCCUUCUUGUUCUCCUGGCAGUUCUCUGGGUCAAUGGUAGAAGAAGAACAAGAACUUCGUCUGUGUUUACAUUGGGCAGUGGCCUAGGAGGAAUUGGAGGUUCUUGCCUUGAAAGAAAUCCACCAAGAGCAGGGUCAGGGCCUAGAGGAAGAUGGAGAGAAACUUUGACGAGCAACAAACUCUAAACAACUUAAACUACAGAAUUGCAAAGUAGAAUUGCAAAGUUACGGAUGAGAAAAAAAUUAUAGAUUUUCAUUUGUAAUUAUCUCAAAGUGAGACAAAAUUUCAAUCUACAACAGUAAUCUAGAAAGUUUUGUCUAACCAAGUGUGUAUACUGAAUUAGAUGUCCAUGUCUUGUUUUUGUUUUUUAACUAUUUUCAAUUUUGGUUUCUAUGGAAAAGUGACAUAUGUUAUUGUAUCAAUUUUUUCAAGGGCUUUUUCGAAAAUAAAUCUUAGAUCUGUAGCUUAAA